CGCGUCACAACCAGGAUGCUACCAUACUGCGCCGUUCACUGGGGUGACACUUUCGCACCUUUUUCUGCUAAUAUAUCGGUUUUCGUGGCGAUACGAACAAUAUGUGCAAACGGAGACGGCCAAAUAUAGGCUUCCAGGUUGUCUGCGGCCAGAUGCUUUUCUCGUUUUAACUGGAAUCAGUGCGCGUCGAGAUCGCGUUUGCAGCGUGUCAGUGGAUCGUGCCGAACGGAGCAGCUACAGCGUUAGCGCAGGCAAAAUGGCGUCUGCUUGCCCACUCAACGGUCGUUUAAUCCAUAUGUGAUUAGGCUAAAAUCUGAAUGCAGCUGCCCGCGAUUGGCUUUUAGUACAUUCGGUUUCGCCCAGCGACACGGUUGAAGUACGUUUGAGCAACAUGUCGGACUCGGAGGAGGACAGCCAGGACAAGCAGCUUAAAAUAGUAGUGAUAGGAGAUGGUGCGUGUGGGAAGACAUCACUCGCCACCAGGUUUGCACAGGAGGCCUUUGGGAAGCAGUACAAACAAACCAUUGGCCUGGAUUUUUUUUUGAAGAGAUUAAGCCUUCCAGGUAACUUAAAUGUGACCCUGCAGGUGUGGGACAUUGGAGGCCAAACAUUAGGAGGAAAAAUGCUGGAUAAAUACGUUUAUGGAGCACAUGGGGUUCUCCUGGUGUAUGAUAUCACCAACUAUCAGAGCUUUGAGAAUCUGGAGGAUUGGUUCAACAUGGUGAAGAAGGCUAAUGAGGAAUCGGAAGCCCAGCCGGUCGUGUCCCUGGUUGGGAAUAAAAUCGACCUGGAGCACAUGAGGACGGUGAAAGCUGACAAACAUCAGCGCUUCUGCCAAGAGAACGGCCUCGUCAGUCAGUUUGUGUCGGCCAAGACGGGCGACUCGGUCUACCUUUGUUUCCAGAGAGUGGCUGCUGAGAUUCUUGGUGUUAAGCUAAACAAAGCAGAAAUAGAGCAGUCCCAGAGGAUCGUGAAGGCAGAGCUGGUGGACUACCCGCAAGAUGAAGGUCCAAUAGCACAAGAGAACAAACAGCAAAGCAAAAUAUGUUCUGUUCAAUAGUUGGAACGUGUGGUGAAGGCAGACAUUGUGAACUACAGCCAGGACACCGUGGCCAGGACAGUCAACCCCCCCCGCAGCUCCAUGUGUAUGGUGCAGUGACCCCCUACAAACACACGCGAUGUUCAUGUGAAUCAUAUAAAGUUGUCUUUAGUCAGUAUUCAUCUCUCCAGAUGUGUGGGGUGCAGGACCAGAUGUUUUCAGAGUAUCCUCUGUAUUCCUGUGUGUCUGUUGUGCGGGUUUAAAGCGCUGUGUGGUUUCAAGGCCUUUGUCUGCAGUUCAUGUUAAGCAGGAAGGAUUGAUGGGUGGUUUACCAAAGAGGAAACAGUAUCAUAGUUUCUUCAAGUUUACGUGCAGCUAUGAUUUUAUUUCUAAGAUCAUCUGAAACAUAUAAAUGUAAGAAAAACGAUCACUUGAUUUAUGCUUUACCGUGUUGUACUACAGUAAUAACUCUACCUGUGCUAUUGCUGUUAGGAGCAUAUUACUUCAUAAUCAGAUAUGCUGUGGUACAUUUCUACAAACACAAGCUAAUGUGACAUGGAUCAAGUCCUCUAAUAUUGUGUUCAUCUAUUCCUUUAUGUGUGUGGUGCUCAGCAGUUGAACAGAAGUGGAAAGCAUUUAAAUGCUGUAGUGCAUGGAAAUAAAUCUGUUUUCAAUUUGCCAAUUAGAGGCUUGCGCUGGCAGUGCUGUACUGUGAGCUGUGUUCUGUUACUUUCCAUAGAAAUAUUUCAUUGACAACCUUAAAUCAGUCUUCAUGUUAUGUUCUAACAUUUUCUAACAAUUUCUACAUAGCAGAUACUCUAGUUCUCCAGAUGAUGAGUCUAUCCUACACGUUAAUAAUUCAGCGUUACUUCAUAUUUUCAAACUGUGUGACAUUCCUGGGUUUGUAUUAUACUGAUAAAAAUAGAUGGCUGUGCCCUAGAAUGCAUCUGAGUUGAGCCCCAGUCUUCUUCAACUGUCCGUUAUAAAACAGAAUGUUUCUGAUGGACUGUGACACAUAAAAUGUUUCAUAGAUCCCCUCUUUGACUAUAUUUUAACAGUCAUGGUCUCCACAUGAUUUUACGUGGCAUGAAAGGAUUUGACGUGGGGUCCACCCACCAAAAUACUGUAGCUGCCAUAUGUGUAGAAUUGUACGUGUAUAAUAGGAGCAAUGAGAGCUUUCAUUAUAAAUGAUUACAUCGUUACAUCCUGUAGUGUCCGACCAUGUAAGCAACAUGUGCGCUGGCUUUAAAUCACACAAUGUACAGUUUGGUGUGAAUGUUUAGCUGAUGCCUGCAGCGACGCAGAGCUGCGUUUCUAAAUAAAGAUGCUACAUGCAGAACAA